AUGGCUUCAAUUUCAGCCGCCGCUGCGGCCGCAACUGCCUCUUCAAGACUUUCAUACGCUUACACCCAGUCUUCUUCAUCUGGUCCCUCCCUUACACCCAGUUCUUCAAAAUCCACAAAAAUUGUGUUUUCCUCUUCAUUUACCCCUUCUUUAUCUACCCUUUCUGUCCAUCCCGCCGCCGCUGCCGCCGCCACCCACCGGUCUCACCGAAGAUUUACAGUCAGGGCCGCUAGGGGAAAAUUCGAGCGGAAGAAACCCCAUGUCAAUAUUGGAACAAUUGGCCACGUCGACCAUGGAAAGACCACUCUUACUGCUGCUCUGACUAUGGCCUUGGCCUCACUUGGAGGCUCCGCCCCUAAAAAGUACGACGAAAUUGAUGCCGCCCCAGAAGAACGCGCCCGUGGUAUUACCAUUAAUACUGCUACUGUGGAAUACGAGACUGAGAACCGCCACUAUGCCCAUGUGGAUUGUCCUGGACAUGCUGAUUAUGUUAAGAACAUGAUUACCGGUGCUGCACAAAUGGAUGGUGCUAUUUUGGUGGUGUCAGGGGCAGAUGGGCCUAUGCCCCAGACGAAAGAGCACAUUCUGCUUGCUAAACAAGUUGGGGUGCCGAAUAUGGUGGUUUUCUUGAACAAACAAGACCAGGUUGAUGAUGAAGAGCUGCUUCAAUUAGUUGAACUUGAGGUAAGGGAAUUGUUGUCUUCAUAUGAAUUUCCUGGUGAUGAUAUUCCAAUUGUUUCGGGCUCUGCUUUACUAGCUUUAGAGGCAUUAAUGGCGAAUCCAGGGAUUAAAAGGGGUGAAAACGAAUGGGUUGAUAAGAUUUACGAAUUGAUGGAUGCCGUUGAUGAUUAUAUUCCUAUUCCUCAAAGGCAGACUGAUUUGCCGUUCUUGAUGGCUAUUGAGGAUGUUUUUACUAUCACAGGUAGAGGAACUGUAGCUACCGGGAGGGUAGAGAGAGGAAAAAUUAGGAUUGGUGAGACUGUGGAUAUUGUCGGAUUGAGAGAGACUAGGAAUACUACUGUGACUGGCGUUGAGAUGUUUCAAAAGACUUUGGACGAGGCGAUGGCUGGGGACAAUGUCGGUUUGUUGUUGAGAGGUAUUCAGAAGGUAGAUAUUCAGAGGGGGAUGGUUUUGUCUAAACCUGGGACUAUAACUCCACACACAAAGUUUACAGCCAUUGUAUAUGUGUUGAAGAAGGAGGAGGGUGGAAGGCAUUCCCCCUUUUUUGCGGGGUACAGACCACAGUUUUACAUGAGGACUACUGAUGUGACAGGGAGGGUGUCCACGAUCAUGAAUGACAAGGAUGAAGAAUCGAAGAUGGUGAUGCCUGGCGACCGAGUGAAGAUGGUGGUCGAGCUUAUUAUGCCAGUUGCUUGUGAGCAAGGGAUGAGGUUUGCUAUCCGAGAGGGAGGAAAGACAGUCGGUGCUGGUGUCAUUCAGGAGAUUGUUGAGUGA